UCAAUCGUUUUAAAAGGAUCCACAUAUCGGUUGCUCACCCUACCAACCACUGACACCCACUCACAAAACAAAAGCAGUGAAACAGAACAGAGUACUGUGUGCCAAAAUCCAUGGCAAGCCUAUUCAUCAAUAGUAGAAACACUAGCAGAUAAUGCAGAGACUCCAUUGUCUCUCUCUCAUGGCUGUUUCUUGGAAUAUCCAUGCCAUAGCCUUAGCCAUAGCCAUAGCUCUUGUUCUUCUUCUUCAACAACAAUGCAUUGUCCUUGCUGUCGUUUCAAGCAAUGUUCAUAUUGUCUACAUGGGAGAGAGACAACAUGAUGAGACUGAACUCGUUACAGAUUCACACCAUGAGAUUCUUUCAGAUAUUCUUGGAAGCCGAGAAGCUGCCAUGGAAUCAAUUUUGUACAGCUACAAGCAUGGGUUUUCAGGGUUUGCUGCGGUAUUAACUCCCCAUCAAGCUGCACUUACUGCAGAUUUUCCUGGGGUUGUUCAUGUAGUUCCCAAUAGAAUUCUUAGUCUGCAAACCACUAGAAGUUGGGAUUUUUUGCAAGUAAGGCCUCAUGUGGUAAAUGGAAUCCUUUCGAGGAGUCAAUCAGGCGUUGGGUGUAUUAUUGGCGUUAUGGACACUGGAAUUUGGCCUGAAUCUGAAAGCUUUACAGAUGUGGGGAUGGGAAAGGUUCCGGAUCAUUGGAGAGGGAUAUGCCAGGAAGGAGAAGAAUUCAAUAGUUCCAAUUGUAAUAGGAAAAUCAUUGGUGCACGUUGGUACGUGAAGGGGUAUGAGGCUGAAUUUGGAAAGUUGAAUACGAGUGACAAAGUCGAAUUCUUAUCUCCACGGGAUGCAUCGGGCCAUGGCACUCACACUGCAUCUACCGCAGCCGGGGCUUUAGUAGAAAACGCAAGCUUUGUGGGACUUGCUCAAGGAGUGGCAAGAGGAGGAGCUCCAUCAGCUUGGCUAGCUAUCUACAAAGUUUGUUGGUCUACUGGUGGCUGUAGCUCAGCUGACCUUCUAGCUGCAUUUGACGAUGCAAUUUUUGAUGGUGUGAAUGUGCUUUCGGUAUCCCUAGGUUCGUACCCUCCACUUGCCAGUUAUGUGGAAGAUGUUUUGUCUAUUGGUUCCUUCCAUGCUGCGGCCGAAGGAAUUUCUGUUGUCUGCUCUGCUGGGAAUUCUGGUCCUUAUCCUCAAACAGUAACAAAUACUGCACCUUGGACAAUAACCGUGGCAGCAAACACAAUCGAUAGAGCUUUUCCAACCAUGAUUAUCCUCGGGAACAAUCAAACUGUUGUGGGUCAAGCUUCAUAUACAGGGAAGGAUGUGAACAAGUUCUAUCCUAUUGUGAAUGGGGAAGACAUAGCAGCUGUUGAUGCAGAUGAAGAUAGUGCAAGAAGUUGUGAUUAUGGAUCGCUCAAUGCUACUUUAGCGAGAGGAAAGGUGGUUCUUUGUUUCCAAUCUCAGCCACAAAGGUCUGCAGCCUAUGCUGCAAGAGCAGUGCUGGAUAUUGAGGGUGUUGGAGUCAUCUUUGCCCAGUUUCCAACGAAGGAUGUUACCUUAUUCCUGGGCAUCCCAUGUGUCCAAGUGGACUUCACAAUAGGAACUUAUCUGUUGACAUACAUGGAAUCAACAAGUAAUCCUGUUGUGAAGUUUAACCCUUCAAGGACAGCUGUGGGUCAACAAAUUUCCCCUGAAGUGGCAUUCUUCUCGUCCCGAGGACCCAGUUCACUCUCUCCAACUGUCUUAAAGCCUGAUAUCGCUGCGCCCGGGGUUAACAUCUUGGCCUCCUGGUCCCCUGCUUCUUCAUCCUUCCUACUCGAUAAUACUCAAAAUCAACUCCCACUCAAGUUCAAACUUGAAUCAGGAACUUCCAUGGCGUGUCCUCAUGUAUCUGGCAUUGUAGCUCUUCUCAAAACUAUCCAUCCCACAUGGAGCCCUGCUGCAAUUAAAUCUGCGCUGAUCACAACAGCCUCUACAAAGGAUGAAUAUGGUCAAAUCUCGGUGGCUGAGGGCGCUCCUCACAAGCUGGCUGACCCAUUCGACUAUGGAGGCGGUCAUGUUGAUCCUAACAAAGCCAUAAAUCCCGGUCUCAUAUAUGACAUGAAAGUCACCGACUAUGUCAAAUUUCUUUGCUCCAUGGGCUAUAAUGACACUGCCAUCAGCUCAAUAACCAGGGACAGCAGCCCGUGCCAACGAACACCGAACUUCCUUUUAAACCUUAAUCUGCCAUCUAUCUCUAUUCCAGAGCUGAAGCAUACUGUGACAGUGUCAAGGACAGUCACAAACGUUGGUCCGAUAUUAUCUUUUUAUGUUGCUCGCGUUGAAGCUCCCCCGGGCAUAAAUGUGACAGUUGAGCCCUCGAUUUUGUUUUUCAAUUUUACAACUAAGAUGCUCAAGUUCAAGGUAACAUUUUGCUCCCAACUAAGAGUUCAAGGAAGAUAUACAUUUGGAAAUCUGUAUUGGGAAGAUGGUUUACAUGUAGUAAGGAUCCCAUUGAUAGUUCGACCUUUUGGUUAA